CGAAUAUCCAAAGAUUGUCAACUUUUCAUUUUUUUAAUAUUUAUUUUCCUACGACCCGCUCGCAAGAAGCCCCAAUGGGGGUAGUCUAAGACUAAGAUCGUCAAUCAAACCGUAAACUCCUUGAAAUCGGCAACAAGGAUUGAUUGUCCAAUGAUGUUGGUCUUCGAGAUUUCUUAAAGCUGUAGGCUUGAAUUUAUUAGAAGCAAUCCCCACACAUUUUGCGAAUUGUUGCCACAAUUUUUCCCAGAUAGCCACCACCUUUCUCAACAAAUACGCCCUUAAACUCAUCCGAUAAAUGUAAUUUUUUUUUAUUUUUUUUUUUAUUUUUUAUGUUGCAUCGGUGCUACUGGUAGAUGAUUAAGGUGCUACUCCUUGUUGCCAAAGAAUCAGACAGAAAACGUUCAUAAAAGGUUUUGGGGAAAAUCUGAGUGAUGCCAUCUGCAAAUCCUAGAUCCUAGGACAUCUGAUCAGGAAGAUUUGGCUUGAAGAACUGGUGAAGAGAGAUUUUAAGGGCUUGGAGUACACAAUCAUGCGCCAUGGAUCAUUUAUAGGGAUCUUAAUUGCGAUAACAUCUUCAUCAAUGGAAACAUCCUACAGUUAGUUAAAUACAGAUAUUAAAGUGAUACGCAUUCCUCCUAUCUGAAGAGUCUCAAUUUCUGUGGCAAAGUUACUUGUAGAAGAUCAAAUUGUAAAGAUGAGUUGCUUUUUUCGUUUCUCCAAAGAUGUCGAAAAUGAUAAGGCAUCCGAUUUUAUUACAGUUCCUCUUCUUCAAAAAGAAGAUACAAGUGACAUUGUUACAGAGAAAAGAUUUACAUACCAUGAGCUUGCUAUUGCCACAAAAAACUUCAAGAAUCUGAUAGGAAAAGGGGUCUUUGGAUCUGUGUAUGCGGGUAGAUUAAAAUCAGGAGAAGUAGUUGCUGUAAAGAAGCUAGUGCAAAAGACCGAUGAUAUAGAUGUAGAGGCUCUUAUGUGGUGCUGUUGGAGCUGAUCACGGGACGUAAAGCAAGAUACCCGCUGAAGGAAGGGCGGAAGGAUUUUGUUUGUUGGAUAUUAUAAAGCGAUUUCUUUUUGCAAUUAUUUUCUAAAAUCUAAUGCAAAAAUUGAAUAUUAGAUCAAUUUUUUUAAUAUCUUGUUUGAAUUUGAUAUGCAGUCUCAGCCUUUCUUGGAGGAUCGUACAAAGUUUAUUGAGUUGUUGGACCCGCUUUUAAAAGGUCGGGCCCCGCUCCGUUCGGUGCGCCGUGCGGUUGCAAUAGCUGCAGUCUGUGUGAAUGACCGGAGAUAUCAGAGGCCUGAAAUUGUUCGAGUUCUUGUUGCACUCGAAGACACAGCUUAUCCACCAAAUCGCCAUGAGGGGCUUAGAGGGGGGGCAAAGUGGGCAGCUGCACAGGGCCCAAUUUUUUCCAUUAUAUAUUUUUAUUUAGAAAAACAAAAUUAUAAUAAAGACAAGGGCCUUUUUUUUCUUUAUCGUCCUGGGCCUUUGAAAAUAUUUAAUUUUUCAGGACCGGCCCUGCAAAUCGCAAUGUAAUAAUUCAAAGAAGAAAGAGGAU